AGAACCUUCUAUCUCCUUCCAUUUGUGCAUAUACAAACCCUCUUCAAAAGCCGGCAGAAUCAUACACCCGCCUCCACCGCGCCUGCCCACGAUAACCCAGAGGCCUCGAGAAGGGCUGGAAGCACCGAGAGCGCUCCAGAGAUGUCGUCGGAUGAGUUGCGAUUGGAGCUGGACGAGCUGCGGCGGCUGGAGGGCCUCGCCAAGCGCCCCCGCGUCCAGACCCUCCUCGCCAACGAGAUCCGCAACAUUGAAGCUAAGAUGGCGAAGGCAACUGAACCGUCACCGGAGCCACUAGCGGCGGCUUCCGCGCCCACGGCGGCGGCGCGUUCUGAUUUGAGCUACGCCACGUUGGGCUCGUUCAGCUGGGAACAGGACAACGAGAAGAUCAGGAUAUAUAUUCCCCUUGAGGGAGUCGAACAAGGGAAGGUGGAGGCUACUUUCAAGCCAACAUCAGUAGAUGUAAAGUUUCAUGAUGUCAAAGGCAAGAAUUAUCGGUGUGCCAUACCAAAGCUGAACAAGGAAACUGUUCCUGAUAAAUGUAAGGUUGUGGUGAAGCCAACAAAGGUUAUUGUUACCCUUUUCAAGGCUUCUAAAGGCAACUGGUUAGACUUGCACUUCAAGGAAGACAAGUUCAAGCCAAGCAUGGACAAGGAAAAGGAUCCGAUGUCAGGAAUUAUGGACUUAAUGAAGAACAUGUAUGAGGACGGCGACGAGGAUAUGAAACGCACAAUAGCCAAAGCUUGGUCUGAUGCCAGGUCUGGGAAGACGACCGAUUCGUUGAGCGGAUUACGUUGAGCUGGCAUAUCGGCCUACGGACUUAUGUUACUGAUGGUUCAAACGGUCUUUACAGUGUCUUGUUGGUGUUAGACUGUUAAUGCUUGUUUAUCUUACAUUUGUAGUGAAGCUGGACGUGCGAGGAAUAUUGAAUUCUCUUCUUGAAACCAAAGAAAUAAAAACCAUAAGUCUAAGACGUUUUAUGGUAU